CUUGAGUUUAUUUUUAUUCACGGCCAUCACCGGUGCGUUUAUACAUGUGAUGAGUGAUAAUUUUUGUGCGUCGCUUGCAGUAAAAAAUGCCUGAAUAAAAAUAAAGGGACCGUAGGCUUUGUGUGUUGUUUUCACGUGGAAUCAACAGCCAUCCCUCAAAAUUAUUUGUAUCGAACUAUCACGAGGUUCGACUUUGAAAUUAUUAUGGUUACGCAAGGAAGACACUUCAAACUCAACUUGCAUCAGCAAUUAUGAGGUGUAACGAAGGAUUGAUUCUUUAAAGUUACAAAUCACAUUUAGCGUAUACCUAGUAUACCAGUGAUGGGAAAAAGGAACGGGCAUCUGUUAGAAAAUCCUGCUGCAAAUGCCAACAUCUACUCAGCAAAUGUAUCACAGAGCUGGAUGAAUGGUACCUUAAAGAAAGGCAGUAAACAACCAUUGGAGGAAUCUGAUAUACGUGAUGUGCUGAAAAGGGACUCGACGCUGCACCUCGCGACGAAGUUACAAAGAGCCUGGGAUCAUGAGGUAAAAACAUCAAAGAAUCCACGUUUGUGGGUGCCAUUGAUCAAAGUUGCUGGUGUGAAGUACUUUUUUUCAUUAGUUUACAUCGUUAUAGAGAUGGCAGCACGUACUGCUCAGUCGAUAUUUAUUGGUCAGAUUGUAGCUGCCUUUUAUGUCGACGGAGUUGAUCGGAAGAAUGGCUACUUGGCCGCUGGCUUGUUGACAGCGUGUACUUUUACUGAGGCAUUGGCACACCAUCCUCUAUUCUUGGAAUCACUUAGAACCGGAAUGGAUGUCAGAGUAGCCUUGUCUGCGUUGGUUUACAACAAGGCGUUGCGUAUGAGCCAAGCAUCUUUGGGUUACACCGACACGGGUCAGAUUGUAAAUCUUGUUACGAAUGAUGUUCAAAAGACUGAGGAGGCAAUAUUGUUUGCUCUGUUUCUGUUUGCUGCACCUGCUCUCCUUAUUGUCGUUUCCUACCUUUGCUGGAGAGAAAUUGAAUUUGCAUUCCUCGUAGGAAUGGGUGUACUGCUAUUUCUACCUGCCCUCCAAUCUUGGCUAGGAAGGUUUUUUGCUUCGCUAAGGGCAAAGACUGCCAUCCUCCGUGACAGAAGAAUAAAACUUAUGAACGAAGUAAUAUGCGGUAUGAGGGUUAUCAAGAUGUAUGCCUGGGAACGUCCUUUUUCCAUGCUCGUUAGUAAGAUCAGAAGAGAGGAGAUUCUGAAGGUUCGGAAUACGUUAAGGCUAAACGCGGUCAAUGCUAUGUUUUACCUGACCACUAUUCCUCUAGUCUCAGCAGCCAUGUUUAUACCAUACGUUUUAACCGGGCACACGCUUACCAGUGAGAAAGUGUUUACGGUCAUCGCUAUCAUCUCUACAGUCAAUGUUGUUACGUCCGUGUUUGUACCAAAGGGUAUAACAGGCCUCAGUGAAAGUAGUGUUUCCUUUCGUAGAAUACAGAAAUUUUUGCUUCUCGAUGAAGGACUAACGUUGUCAGUGAAUAAGGUUGAGGGAGUCCCACCCAGUGUCUCUGUAGAAAAGGUGCAUUCUUCUUGGACUAAGGAAAGUACGGAAGAAACUUUAUCUGACGUCAGUUUCGAGGUCAUCUCGGGCGAGCUUUUGAUGGUUAUCGGGCCAGUUGGAUGCGGAAAGUCUUCAUUAUUAAUGGCGUUACUCCGCGAACUUCCAAUCACAAGUGGUUCUGUCCGUAUCAGUGGUCGGGUUGCUUAUGUUUCUCAACAACCUUGGGUUUUCUCUGGAACUCUCAAAGAAAACAUCUUGUUUGGAAGAACGUUUGAUAAAACGAAAUACGAAGAAGUCGUACAUGUCUGUGCUCUUGAAACGGAUAUCGCAGCUCUUUCCGAAAAGGACAACACGUUGGUUGGUGAACGUGGUGUAUCGUUAAGCGGAGGACAAAGAGCAAGAGUCAACUUAGCAAGAGCAAUCUACAUGGAUGCAGACGUAUAUUUAAUGGAUGAUCCACUUAGUGCUGUUGAUGCGCACGUGUCAAGGCAUAUUUUUAGCAAGUGUAUUCGUGGUAUUUUAAAGUCCAAAGUUUGUAUUCUUGUGACACAUCAGUUACAAUUUCUGAAUGAAGCAGAUCGGAUAUUAUGCUUACAGAAGGGAGCUGUCGUUGGCUAUAAUAAUUUGGAAAAGCUGAAGGAAGAAGGAAUUGAUAUUUUAUCGAUGAUCCGUGUUGAUGAUGAGGAAGAAGAGGGUCGUUCGUUCAGUUUAGAGUCUUUUAAAAACCAUGACCACCAAGUUACCUUUAAACAAAAACUUAAACGUAAUGCUUCGCAUUCUCCGGGAACAAAUAGAAAGAAUAAACACAAGUCUUUACAUGAUUUUGGUGCAAAGGAUCCAUUAUUGUCAAUCAAUGGUGGCGAAACAUUAAGUCGAACGCAGUCUGCUCAUGAUUUAGGAGCGUUCUCUCCAGAUCUAGUACAUCACGGAAGAAUAAGAGCUGCAACAAGCGUGUACGACCUUGAGUUAAACGACAUUGAAGAUGUUUUAAGUGUGGUUGAUGAAAAAGAAAACACCGAAAAUCGUAUUACCGGUGGUAUAAAAUUCAAUUUGUAUAAAGACUAUUUUCUCGCUGGAGCUAAACCCUUUGCAAUAUUACUGUGCUUCAUAAUCUUCUUUUCUGGCCAGGUGUCCCUCAUAAUAUCUGAAUGGUGGCUAGCACAAUGGUCAGACUGGGAAGAAACCACAGUAAAUAGCAACAACUCUGAUACUAUCAUUGAGGAAGAACGCACUAAAAAUAUAACAGUCUAUGUUGCUACAGUUAUUUCGGUGUUUAUCGUUUCAUUUCUAAGAGCUGCUUUCUGGUUUCAAAUAUUGUCCAGCGCAUCACGACACUUGCAUGAUAAGAUGUUCGAUGCCAUCCUCAAAGCUCCGAUAUAUUUCUUCGACACAAAUCCUGUUGGGAGAGUUUUGAACCGAUUUUCAAAGGAUAUAGGCUUGAUGGACGACAUGCUUCCAUUGGCAUUUUUUGAUGCUAUUCAGCUUGCAGUCUACGCUUUUGCAAUACUUCUUAUAAGCAUUAUUUCUCAACCUUACAUUGCUGUCGUCGUCGUGCCUAUUAUUGGUGUCUUCGUUUGGUUACGGCAAUACUUCGUUAAGUCGUCCAGGGAGAUCAAGAGGAUAGAGGCCCUAAGUCGUAGUCCUCUGUAUUCUCAUAUCUCCGCUACCCUGCAAGGCUUAGCAACUAUUCGUGCUUCAGAAGAGCAACAACAAUUCGCUGAAAUGUAUAACAAGUAUCAAGAUCGUAACACCUCUGGAAGUUAUUAUUAUUUAGCUGCCAAUCGUUGGUUGGGUUAUAGACUUGAUUUAAUUUGUGCAUCGUUCAUGACGUUUGUUGCAUUUAUUCCGUUUAUUGCUUACGAGGUUGGAAUAGGAGUAAAUCCUGUUCUUGUUGGUUUAUCGUUAAUUUACACAAAACGGCUAACUGGAAUGUUUCAAUUUUGUGUGAGGCAAACUGCCGAAGUUGAAAAUCAGAUGGUGUCAGUGGAACGAGUGCAACAAUAUAGCAAACUUGACCAUGAAGCAGAUCUGGAAAUAUUAGAUUCCAAACCACAAGAGACCUGGCCAGAGCGUGGUCAAAUAACUGGUGAAAAUGUUUCUUUUCGUUAUCAUCCCUCCCUUCCUUUAGUUCUAAAAGGCAUCAACUUUAAUAUUAAACCAAAAGAAAAGGUUGGGAUAGUCGGUCGUACAGGUGCUGGUAAAUCAUCGUUAAUAUCAGCCUUGUUCCGGCUUGCUGAACCACGUGGUAAAAUAUAUAUUGAUGGAGUGUCUAUUAAAGGGAUAGGGCUACAUGAUUUAAGAAAAAAACUAUCAAUAAUACCACAGGAUCCGGUUAUAUUCACUGGUUCGGUUCGUGAUAAUUUAGAUCCAUUUUCUAACCAUAAAGAUGUCGAAAUUUGGAAUGCAUUAGAGCAGGUUCAGUUAAAAGAAGUUGUCAAUAACUACUCUGCGAAAUUAAACUUUCAAAUAACAGAAUCUGGCAAUAAUUUAAGUGUUGGACAACGUCAACUUAUUUGCUUGGCAAGAGCGAUAUUGAAACAUAAUAGAAUAUUAAUUAUUGACGAAGCAACAGCUAAUGUUGAUCACAAAACGGAUGAAUUAAUUCAGGAAACAAUUCGGGAUAAAUUCAGAGAUUGUACUGUUCUUACUAUUGCACAUCGACUGAAUACCAUAAUGGAUGCUGAUAGGAUAAUGGUUCUGGACGCUGGUAGAAUUGUCGAAUUUGAUGAGCCUUAUGAACUUCUAAAGCGGCCAGACUCCGCCUUCUCUCUAAUGGUAACACAAACUGGAAAAGACAGUUCUCUUCAAUUACAAAGAAUGGCGAAAAAUGCGCAUGACAAUAGAGCGAAUCAGUAGAAUAUUUUAAUGCGUCGUUGCGUUAGAAACAGUGUUGUGUUGGUUGUUAACAACCGCGUUCAUAUUUACUUGAAUUUUUGUCAAGUCUUUUAGGUUUUUAUAUUCGUUCAGUUAUUCCAAAAAGACACUCAAACUCAUUGAGUGGGAGCUAGAUCUCAAUCACCUCAUAAAGAUUCCGUGACGGCAUUUUCACUCAAAUACUGAAGAGCUUGAUUUUCAGUUCUUUACCUAAAUCUUUCCACUGUUUAAGCAGUAUACAUAAGAGAAUUUCUACAUGUCACCUUGUCACACUCGAUGAGAAUGAGUGAGCUUUUUGAAUUUUCAAUUAAUAAACAAUUAUUGGCCAAAGGCGAGGUGAUUAUCGCGUAAUAAUCGAAUCGAAUUCGAAUCCGAGGUCAGAAUUUUCAAUAAUCAUCUUUGUAACUAUUAAAGUAACACAAAAGUAUUUAAAUUUCAACACUAACAAAAACGAUUGGAUAAAGAACGAACCAAUUUUGCAUCGUGCUCAAAUUCGUUUGGUUCCCGUGUUCACGCGGUAGAAAUAGUUGAAAAGUCAGGUAGUAAAGUUGAAUAAGACUAAAUCCUAAAAUAUAUUUCUAUUUUAUUCUAUUUACUAUCCAUUCAC